GAAAAAAAAACAAAAAAAAAACCACAGCAGCUGCUGAAGCCAGAGUGGAACCUGUCGGUUGUUAUCUCCCGUUGGCCGAGUUAAGGGCUCUGGUCCAGUGAGAUCUUUUGAUCGACCGCCUGACUGCUCAUCUAUCUCAGUGCUGAUAUCUCAUGACCUCAGGUCCUCCGGUCCCAACGUUUCUGUGCAAUGGGGGAGUGGAGGGCAACUAAUGCAUAUAUGGAAGGCCCUGAGAUCUCGAGCAUAUCACAUGUGACGAUAUCUCCCUCAAGACAUAAUCAUGUGCCCGUGUACUCUUUGCCCUUGUCCAGAAGCUCCUACAGUGUAAUAAGUGCAUUUUGCACUGAAGAUAAUGUUCCUCAGAGCAUUUCAUACCUAAAUCAGGAGCUUGCCGUGCUCGGUCUCUCCAUGUGUAUUGAGGCCAGCUCAUCAGAGGGAGCGAGUCUAAAAGCGGUGCCAGUUCUAAAUGCCAUGUAUGAAUUGCUCCAAAUUCAUAAACGAAAUAUGUGCGCUUUAGAGGAGAUGGAGAAGGAACAGUUGAAGAAGCUGAGCACCUUGGAGCAUAUUCAGAUUAGCAAUUCCAGACUAAAGGAUCAGUUGGAGCUGUCAAUGAGGGAGAAGUCGGGACUGCAUGAGACAGAGAGGCAGCUUCAACUAAAAAUAAAAACUCUACAGAGCUGCCUAAAGACUGAAAAAGAGGAGGUUCAGAAGCUCCAAAGCAUUAUUGCUAGUCGUGCCUCUCAAUAUAGUCAUGAUGCCAAGAGAAAAGAGAGGGAAGCUGCAAAACUGAAGGAACGCCUCAGUCAGCUAUUGGUUGACAGAAAAGAAAGGAAACUAGCUAUUGAUGUUCUGAAUAGCUUGGGGCGAUCAGAUGGAAAAAGGAGUAUGUGGAAGACGGCAAAAUUGUCAGCUAGCCACGAGAGUGAGAUGUAUAAAACGUUGCUCGGAGACUACGAGACGAGUCGGAAGGCUUUGAUUUUGGAAAAUGCCGAGCUUAAAAAAGUCCUCCAGCAGAUGAAGAAGGAGAUGAUGCACAUUCUGGCUCCACGGCAGCAGUCCACCAGCGGAGCCACCGCUGCUGAUGACAGCCAGGAGCAGGUUGAGUCGGAUGAAGAGAAAGCGGGAAACGCAAGCAGGGAAGCCUUGGACCACUCUUGUGAACUUGCCAGGGAGCAACUCCUCAACAGCAUCCGCCAGCAGUGGAGGAAACUGAGAAACCAUGUAGAAAAGUUAGACCAAGCCUCACAGGUGCAGAAUCAGAUGGAGUCCAACAAAGACACURUACCUUUGGAAACUCACGAGGAUGAGAUGGAGAGAAUGAGGCAGGAAGUCCAGCAAUGCAGGGAGUUCAUUCAUGCACAGCAGCAACUUCUCCAGCAACAACUAAACACAUCAUUUGAUGACGAGACAGCAGCUCUCCUUAACGACUGCUACACCCUAGAGGAAAAGGAGCGUCUCAAAGAAGAAUGGAAACUCUUUGAGGAGCAGAAGAAAAACUUUGAGAAGGAAAGAAAAAACUUUACUGAGGCUGCUAUUCGAUUAGGGCGAGAAAAAAUGUCUUUUGAGGAAGACCGAGCUGCAUGGCUCAAGAAUCAAUUUUUAAACGCAACGCCAUUUGCAAAUCGCAGGAGAUAUUCCUCAUCAGAUGGUCAAAGUGCCUUAUCAGUUACUCAUAUUUCUUACGUGGCAGGAAGCGAACCAGAGGUUAGGAUGUCUUCUGCAAAAGCAAAGCGGUCCAAGUCGCCAACCUAUACUACAUUCUCCACUCCCAAACCUUCACGAAGUUCUCCCAUGCCAUCAACAACUGAACUUUACAGGACUCUUCGCCUCCUAUCAGACAGCAGUUGCUCCAAACAUUCAAAUCGGGGACGCUGGCUUGAGACGAGAACCAUAGAAGAUGRACACCCUCAGUUUAAGUCUAAUCUCCAAGCUCGCGCUGGUGAAAUGAGUGUUUUUACUUUUGGUGAAGAUCACAGUGUCACUUAAUCAGGGUGUCACUGGUGCCUUCCCCAUCCCCGCUCCCUAUUCUGAACACUAGCAUUGACUUAUUUGCCCUCACACAAGUGAUGAACUAAUUUCCUAUUGAUACAUGGAUGACGGAUCGCUCACCAAAGCUGAUUAAAUAAGCACUUUAUAGAGAUCCUUUUUAUUUUACAAACUGAGCAGCACUGAAAUUUUARAUGGUAAGAUAUAUUUAUGUAUAUAGUGACUUAAAUGCAUAKAAUUUUGAAAUACAAAGUCUGUAAAUUCUAGGUUUUAAUAAAAUGGGGUAAAUGAAAGUAUAAUUUAUACGUCUGCCACAAUAAAGCUUUUCUUUUCCAAA